GCUACUUCAGCGUAUUAGCAGUCGUGCUGAAAACCAGCAACAAAGCACCGUGGACCAAUGAGUUCGACAGAAUCGAGUUAUCUUGUUUGAUUGAGUCCAUUUCUACAUCCAACCCCAGGAUCGAAUGGAAGAAAAUAACGAACGAGGGACCAAGUUAUGUGUACUUUGACAAGAAAAUCUCCGGCGACCUGGAGAACCGAGCAAUGAUCAGAGAACCCGCCACGCUGCUCAUCACCAACGCCACCAGAUCGGACACAGCCAAAUACCGCUGUGAGGUCACCGCUGCUGAUGACCAGAGGUCCUUCGAUGAGAUCGUGAUUGACCUUAUUGUACGAGUAAAACCUGUGAUGCCAAAAUGCAGCGUCCCAAAGUCAGUGCCUUUUGGGAAGUCUGCUGAGCUGAGCUGUGUGGAGGAGGAGGGUUUCCCCAAGUCUCAUUACCAGUGGUUCAAGAACAAGGAGGAGGUCCCCGACGAUCACAAGACCAGCCUCAAGUUCUUCAACUCCUCGUACACGCUGGACGCAGACUCAGGAACUCUGGUCAGUGUGUGUGUGCAGACAAGGACAG